CACUUUCGAUGCCAAGGAAAAGAUCUAAUGAGAACAGUUAGAAAAAGAAGAAGAUCAACUGACAUCUUUCAAACACAAAUCUAAAACGUGCAUAUUUUAAGAACAAAAAUUAAUGGACGAUUGCUUACCAGAAGAAUGGCGAGAAACCCCCCCAUGCAAGGCGAGUUUACAACAUUCAGCUAUGCAACUCAAAUUGUUAAUAAGUAUGUACAAAAAUGAAGAACUGGACAACAUGAAAUCUCUUAAUCUUGCGAAUCUAAUGAAAUUUCCAAUUCCACCGCACAUUUCCAAAAAUUGGGUAGACCCCUCGCCAAAACGCCCAGCAUCGAGUAAACCAAAGACUUCAAUCAAAACUAGAUCUAUAAUACCAAGAAAAAGUUCAGUAGGAAGUUUUAUAAAAAGUUCAACAACAAUUUCUUCAAAAAUUCCAUCAACAGUUGCAACCAAAAGUCAACCAAUAAGUAGUCCAGCAAACCUUUGGGCAAUGACUUCAAUAAAAAUUGGACCAGGUUUAAAAAAUAGUUCAGUACCAAUUCAAGCAGAUGGUACAGCAUUAAGUAAAUUAAAAAUUUCAAGAACUACUCCAACUUCAAUAGUAAAUUAUUCAAAUACUCCAAAAAAAAGACGUAUUAACCUUGCAAUGGCAGGAGGUCUAGUGCCAACAAAAACAUCAAAGUCAAGUCAAGGGGGCCUUCAAAUGGCACAUGAUGACGUAGUAUGGGGAUUGAAUCAAACAAAACAGUCAGUAAUAACUUCAGACAGAAGCCCAAUAAGUAAGUCAACAAGUCCAGUAAGAAGCCCAACAAAAAUUUCACCAGAAAGUUCAACAAGAAGAGCAUUAAGAAGUUCAGCGAGUCUUGCAAAAAGUUCUCCAACAAGUCUAGAAAGAAGUCUGGGUAGAAGUAUAGAAAGAACCAUAGAAAGAAGCAUAGAAAGAAGUAUAGGAAAAAGUCUAGAGAGAAGUCUAGAAACAAUUCUGACUAAAAGUCUAUUAAUAAGCCCAGAAAGAAGUCUCUCAUUAAAUCCCGCCAAAAUUCCAGCGAAAACUUCAGUAAAAAGUUCUGCAGGAAGCCAACUUUUAAGUAAAUUAAGAAAUAUAGCAUUAAAUCCAACCAGAAGUUCAGCAAGAACUUCAGUAAAAAGUCCAACAAGAAGUUUAGCGAGAAGUGCAGUAAAAAAUCCAACAGAAAGUCAAGGAGCAGCUUUAUCAAUCAGUCCGAUAACAAGUUUUGUAAUUCCGCCCAAAAGAAAAGUUACUAACCGUUAAAUACCUGAAAAAAUAUUAAUAAUGAAAUUUAUAUCCAGAAAAGGCCAUGUAGUUAUAAAAAUAAUAGACAACUUUUUUGCGAUAAACUGAAUGAUAUAAGGUUUGUUUCAUAAAGCAGUAAUAGACCAGGUAAAUUAGAAAAAAAGUACAUUUAGAGUGAAUUUUUUUAACCGACUUCAAAAAAGAAGGAGGUUCUCAAUUCGUUGUAAUAUUUUUUUUUAUGUAUGUGCGAGAAUUCUUUAACACGAAGUCCAAUUUCAAUGAUCUUUUUUUGAUAGAAAAGGGGUACUUCAGGAUAAAGUUUAAACUAGCAGCCAGAGUUAGCAGCCUGUGUGAGA